GGCCGACUCGGCCCCGCUCCUUCCUCUCCGGAGCAGCGGGCUGGCCGCGCCGGGGGUGGGGAGAUGGGGGCCGAGGGAGUUUACCCCCCGCCCCCGGUGGAGGUCGCGCAGCGAGGGGAAAGUGUGGACCUGAAGAGCUUAUUCCUUCUGGUGUCAGUAACAGGCCUUCUACCAUGAGCAACCCUAUUCAAGCUGCGGGUAUACAUAAGAAAAGAUUUUUAUCACAGUUCGUGAACAAUAAUGAGAACGACAAGAAGAAAUUUAAAGCAGACAGAUCACUAUGCUCCCCUUCACGUGUCCUUCAUAUUCGUCAAAUUCCAAGUGAUGCUACUGAAGAAGAAGUCAUUUCAUUAGGUAUCCCUUUUGGCAAAGUAACAAACUUCUUGAGGCUAAAAGGAAAAUGUCAGGCAUUAUUGGAAAUGGAUUCUGAAGAAGCUGCUGCUGCUCUGGUGAACUACUGUAGUUAUUCUAUACCUCAUCUCCACAAUCAGCCUGUUUAUAUUCAGUAUUCUAAGCACAGAGAACUUAAGAUUGAAAAUUCAUCGUAUCAGGCUAGAGCCCAAGCUGCAUUGGAAACUGAGAAUGCUAUGGAGCAUGGAAGCCAGGCUAUUCUAAGUGCUCAUGCUGUUGAAGGUGGGCACCGUCAAUGUCAAGGUUCAGUUCUUCGAAUCAUUGUUGAAAAUCUUCUCUGCCCUGUCAGUAUAGAAGUGUUGUAUCAGGUUUUCUCUAGAUUUGGAACUGUCUUGAGGAUUGUUGUCUUCACUAGGAACAGUCAAUUCCAAGCUUUGCUCCAGUAUGCUGAUCCAGCGAAUGCAUAUUAUGCCAAAUUGAAUCUGAAUGGCCAUAAUAUCUACACUAUGUGCUGCACCUUGCAUAUUGAGUUCUCCAAGUUAAGUAGCCUUGAGGUGAAGUACAACAAUGAGAAAAGUAGAGAUUUCACUCGCUUUGAUCUUCCUUUUGGUGAUGGCCAACAUCCUCUGCAGCUACCCAUAACUCCUGCCUAUGGUUAUUCCUUUCCAGUUGUUCCUGCACCACUUGGUUCUCUUGCUCCCACACCAGCAGUGCUUGCAGCAGUGCCUCUUCCUGCAGUUGCUUCUGCACCAGUCAAUUCUGUUAUACUAGUCAGCAACCUCAACUCUGAAGUCAUCACACCAUAUGGACUUUUCAUCCUAUUUGGUAUGUAUGGUGAUGUACAUCGUGUGAAAAUCCUGUUUAAGAAGAAAAGCAAUGCAUUGGUUCAGAUGGCAGAUGCAACCCAGGCUCAGUUAGCUAUGGGUCACUUGAAUGGACAGAAGCUUUACGGAAGGGUCAUCCGUGCUAUUCUUUCAAAACAUCAAGUAAUUCAACUUCCUCCUGAGGGACGGAAGAGCAAUGGUCUUACAAAGGACUAUAGCAAUAGCCCACUACAUCGCUUUAAGAAGUCUGGCUCUAAGAACUUCCAAAACAUCUUUCCUCCAUCCGACACCCUGUAUCUCUCCAACAUCCCGCCUUUUGUUACUGAUGAGGCUAUGGAAAACCUUUUUGAAAAUACGGGAUCUACUGUGAAAGCCUUCAGAUUCAUUCAGAAAGAUUGCAGAACGGCUCUUAUCCAGCUGGGCUCUGUGGAAGAAGCAUUCCAUGCUCUCAUUGAGCUUCACAAUCAUGACCUCGGAGAAAACCAUCACCUCCAAAUUUCCUUCUCAAAAUGUACAAUCUGACUUUUCUGUGAACUUUCCUUUAAGACUGCAUCACACAUUAAAUAAAAUCUUCAAAUAGAGACUGAAACAGCUGUAACCAGUUCUGUCUCUUAAGAGAAAAAGCUCAUUCAUACAUGAAGUAUUACUUGAUUAUCUUUUCUGAUUUAGCUGCCAGUAUGUCAUCAAUGUUUAAUAUUCAUCCAUGGAAAAAUUCCUCUGUGAAAGUGCUUUAGCAACAAUAUUUAUCUCCAAGUAUCCUACCUAAAGUUAUAUUUUGAGAACAUCCUUUAGCCUUUGUUUAAAAAUUCGCCUUACAAAACACUUCAGAGAAUUUUUAUAAUAUACCUAACAAAAAUACUUCUAACAAAAAUAAUAGUAAAUCUACACUGCACAGAUUAAACACUAAUUUGAAUGUGAAAUAAUGCUUGGGUUUCUUGAAGAAAAACAAGCAUUGGCUGUGAGUGUCUAAAUAGUAUUUAUGUCGCCAGGGUAUGUUUUCAUAGUUUGGCAAAAUUUCACAGAUAACUUCUUUUAAAAGCAGACUGUGCUGUUCAUAUGGAUUAAAUUAUUAGAGAACAGGCAGUGCCUUCUUACUGUAGUGUAAAAGAUAUUUGACAAGUUUCUUCAAGAUAUGGUAUCAGACACCUAGCUUGACUUAGCCCUGGCAUUAAUUUUGUUCUGCUAUGAGGUAAUGUAUGAUAGUGCUUUAGAGAAAAUGGGAAAAUAGUCCUGAUACCAGUGAAUUUUUUUACAUUUCUUUGAAGAAUAAAAUGUUUACAAUCUCAUUGAAAAUAUUCAGGUCUUUGAUGGUUUAACUUUUUAAGAAGUUACUUUUGUUAAGGUCAUCUUUGGAGCAGAAAAAUUGAACCUCAAGAGUUUUUUGUACCACCAGAAAGUCCAAUACUUAAAUUUCUAUAUAUAUACAUAGUUUCUUAUUAUGUGCCUUACUAUAUGCUUAUAAUACAAUAGCUUAGAAUUUUCUCUGAAAUAUCUUGAAAAAUAUAUUGUGGGCUUUCUCUUCGUGGGCUUCUUAGAAAUGUUUUCCUUGACACUUUUGUUCCCAUAAAGUAAUAUGAAUUCCAGUCUUUUGUGCUUUGGUCUAGAGAUUGGAUAGAAAUGGGAAUUACUUUAAUGAGUUUAAGUGAGAAUGAGUGUAACUUCUGGUGUAAUUGUGCUGGGAUUCUUCAAUUUUACCUGGUUACAGUUACUUGAUGCCAGUACUUGGCUGAAAAAAAUGCACUAAAAAAGGCCUUUAUAGAAAGACUACACAGCAAAUUUCACCCCAGUUUCUGGACUUCAUCUGACAUUUUAAGAGACAUCUUAGUUGCUGCAUUUUUCUCUCAGUUUUAAUCUUUAAGUAAUAAAAAGCUGUCAUUCUUUCCCUUGUAAGUAGGAAGAAAUAUUUGAUAGUGAGUGCAUAUUUCUCUUUGGAGAAUGUGCUGAGAUAGAGUUAGCUUUGAUAUUUAAAGUACAUAUAAUCUUUUGUGACUUUUAUUUCAAAUAUAUAAAUUUCAUUAUUAAAAAAUUUCUUUCUUGUGUUAACUACCUUUUAGAGAAGUAUUCCUGUCAAGCAUAACACUUACUUACUUCUAACUACUGCUGAAAUGUUUAGCCACUUUGGGUUUUUUUCAUAAAUCUGUACGAACUGUAUGACUUUCUAUCUUUCUCAAAGAAAAAGCAUGUUUCUCACAUGACUUUAACUAUUCUGUAAUAAGCUUUUUAAAAUUUUCUCUAUGCUGAUUUUGAGAAAAAACUAGCUGGCCUUCUUUUGAUGUAAAUCAAUUGCAGCAGCCAAUCAUAGUGAAGAUGGUGCCAGACUGCAACAAAUUGUGCUAUUUGACAGUAGAUAAAAUGCUGACUAUGUAUGCAGUGAUAAUAAGUGCUAAGAAGUAUUCAGAAUAUACCAUUUACUGAAAAGUCAGAUUGGCUUAGGAAUAACACAGAAUGUCACCAUUGGAAUUUAAGGUAGUCUUUCUAUUUUCCUCUUUCAGAAAUAGUGAAUUCAGUUUUGUGAAGUUUGAAACCAACUUUUUAAAAAAAGAAAAAAGAAAUUCUGAGGUGCCAGAGCAUGGUACAAAAUUACACAUUUAUGAUUUUAGCCAAGUGCAGUUAUGAGAAGGCUUGCUCGUUUGCAUAGAUUCUUUUUCAUGAGGAUACUGAAUUCUAAUUUAUGUCUAUGUUUUACCUUGUUAGCAGUCACACUGAUAUCAGUUAGAGAAUCUUGCUGGACUGGGAACAUUCCUUGUUUAUUGCACAUAAAUUGCUUUGACAAUACUGUACCAUUAUCCAUAAAAUAUGGUUUGUCACUUUUCUCAAGAAUUACAGCUACAGCGGAGAGGAAUCGUGUUAGAUAUGAAAGUAACUCUAAAGCAGGAAAAAUGGAACCUUAAGUUUGAGAUCUAAUACUAACAUGUGCAAUAUCAGGAGUGGUACAGGGAUACUGGUAAUAUGUGUAUACAAACAUGUGAAUCAUGCAUUUUAAUUAGUUGACUAACAGCAGAAGAUGGGAAAGCUUAAUCAAGCAUAAAGGGAUGAGGGCCUCUGACUUUCAAAAAGAGAAAGGAUUAAUUUCUCUUUUAACUUAGUGUUAGAAUAUAGCUAAUAUAAGCUCUGGACUCUGCUGUUUGAAAUGUAGACACCUGUAGUUUAAAUUAGAAGACAUUUAUGGUUUUUUAGUGUAAGAUAACUCUGAGUGUGUUAAAAAUUAAAAAACAAUAAAGGAUUUUGGAAUUUGUUACAUA